AUGCCAGCGCCCGGAGCGGUCGGCGGGAGCGCCGGUUCCGUUCGGGUGGCCCCGCCCGCCUGCCGCCGCUCCCGCGGGCUGAGUCUCCUCCGCCCCGCGCCUCGGCCUCCUCCUGAUCGCCCCACCCGUUCAUGCUGCCCUGCCCUGCCGCUCACGUCCAACCCAGGCACCCGGUGGCGAUGCUCGGCCACCGGGGUACGAGCCAGGGCGUCCGGUGGGGAGGAUGGGGCCAGGGGAUCCGGGCCGUCGGCGCUGGAGGCCAUGGCGCGGGGCGCAGAGGCGGGCGCGGGCGCGGGCGGCGCAGGCUGGCCAGCGCUGUGGAGGCCUUCGCGCUACGACGGGGAGAUCUGGGCGAUCAGCAUCCCGAUCCUGUGCGCCUCGCUCCUGGUGCCGCUCUCCGCGGCCGUGGACACGGCCAUCGUUGGACGCUUGGGCUCUGCACAGCUGGGAGGGGUGGGCCUUGCGAGCGUCUUCACCACUAUCCUCACCGCCAUGUUUGUGUUCCUUCCAAUCCUCACUACACCAGCUGUGGCCAAGGCAGCUGCUCAUGACGAUCCCGAAGAGCUGUCAAAGACCAUCGCCAACAGCAUCUGGGUGGCCACCAUCAUCGGCACAGUUAUCUCUGUGUGUUCAUUCCAUGGCGCAGACGCACUCAUUGCUUUGUUGAAGCCUACUCAAGGGGUGAGACAGUACGCAGCAUUGUACAUUAAGUGCCUAUCGUUUUUUGGGCCCGUUUCCCUCUUGUUCCAAACUCUUGCUGGCGUCUUCAGAGGGCUCAAGGACACAAAGGCAUUGUUCUGGGGAUCUGCCUGCUCAGCAUCAACAAACGUCAUUCUGGAUGUGCUCUUUGUGUUUGGAUUCCAUUGGGGGGUUGUCGGAGCGGGUGCAGCGACAGUCUUGUCUGUGUGGGUUGGGGCAUUGUUUCUGUUGGGGAAACUUCUCAAAAGAGGCAUCCUCUUACCCAAGGAUGCCACUUCACCCCCCUCAGCCACGUCCUUUCUGCUCAAGCUGCGGAACGGCGCUCCUCUGUCGAUCCGCUCUUUAAUUUCUUUGGGGAUGGUGUUCUACACAUCCGUGGCCGUGUCACGCCUUAACGUCACUGUUGUUGCUGCCUUUGAAAUCAUGCGGCAGGUGUUCCUGCUGGCAUACCUGUCAUAUACACCUCUUGAAUACACGACCCAGGCCCUGUGUGCCUCAUACCUAGGCAAGGGAGAUGUGGUCAACGCCCAGCGUGUGUUUCGGCGGUUACUGCAGCUCGCACUGAUGAUCAGCACAUCUGUGGGCCUCCUCUUCGUGCUAAAUAGGGCCCACGUAGGAAGGGUGUUCACCACAGACAUGGCUGUCGUUGCCCAGUUCCUCACUGUUGCUCCGCUCGUCUUUGCUGUGCUGCCACUGGACGCAGCUGCAGCCAUCAUGGACGGUGCACUGGUGGCGUCCCAGAACGCCAACUACGUCGCCUUUGCGCACAUUGCCUCCUCCCUUGUGGGCCUGUGCGUGGUGAUGACGGUCAUCAACACGGGCAACUUGAACCUUUUGACAUCAUGGCUGUGCAUCAAGCUGGGCUUCCUGGGCCGGUCGCUCUUCACAGGCCACAAGCUUUUCCUUUCCAAGGAUGAUCCCUUCACUUCGGAAGAAAAAGCCGCUGGGCUGCAGGCAGAUGUGCGCUCAUAG